UCAUUCAAUACGUCUUUUGUGAGUAAAACGCUCUGAUAGCGUUCAUUCAUAAUAGAAAUACUUUUAAUCUGUUUUAUAUUUGUAAUAUAUAAACGCUUUUGGAAAACAAAUUUAUUCAGUAGCAUUUUAAAUCCGAACACACAAUGUUCUUCGAUCUGAAACUGAAUACUUUCCUUUUGAUCCUGUUUCUUGCGCUGGUGCAUUCGGUUUACGUUGAUCUCUGUAGAAAUGAUGAGAUAUGCACCAAGUUAGCUAGGUGCCCGCAUUUGUUUGACAAAACCAGUGUUAAGGGAGCUGCGAAAAGGAAGUUAUUGCUAGAGAGGAAUUGUGGUGGAAUCAGAAACAUAAGUUACAUCUGCUGUCCAAAUAAGGGUAACACGCUGCCAAAUACUAAUGUUUGUGGACAAGGACCAUCCACUUAUCGAAUAAUGGAUGGCAAAGAGGCUGAUCUCAAUGGUUAUCCCUGGUUGGCCAUGCUUCUGUAUAAGGACCCUUUGAGUCAAACACUUAUUCCCAUGUGUGGCGGCUCUUUGAUCAAUAAUCGCUAUGUCUUGACCGCAGCCCACUGUGUUUCCCCGGUGCAGACAGGGCUGGUCAGUGUGCGUCUGGGCGAGCAUGACACCAAAAAAAAUCCAGACUGCGUUUACUUGAAUGGUGUAGGAUCAAAACCCCUAUGCGCUCCCGAACAUUUGGAAGUUGGCGUAGAAAAGACUAUUCCUCAUCCGGACUACGACCAGUACAAAUUUAAAAAUGACAUUGCUCUAGUGCGACUGCAAGUGUCAGUGCGUUUUACGGAUGAGAUUACUCCGAUUUGUCUUGUGCCCUAUCAUGUCUUCUUGGGUGACAGAAAUUUGCUGGUAGCCGGCUGGGGCCAUAUGAAUGUAAACGACGGUAGCAGUACGAUAUUGAGGGACACCAUGGUCCAGCUAACCAGUCCAGAUAUCUGCUUAGAAAAGUAUUUACACUUAACGUUCACACCAAAAAGCCAAAUAUGUGUCGGCGGCUCUAAUAAUAAUCGUACCUGUCAAGGCGAUUCCGGUGGUCCACUGAUGAGCACAAUAGGUCGAGGCUACGAGGAGUUUGCCUUUGCUGCCGGGAUUAUUUCCUUUUCAGGAGGUCCUUGUGCUCAGUCGGAGUGGCCAGUUGUAUUAACAAGAGUUGCAACGUUUUACCAAUGGAUUUUGUACAAUUUGGAGGCUUAAGAGUUUCGGAAAAGGCUAAU